AUGGCCGAAGACAAUAUUGUUGCUAGCCUCGAGCAACCCUGGGAAAGGGACCAGCUGAUCGAAGUCCGUACUGGCAAAGCAAAACCGGUCUUUGGUCUGCCUAUUGAAUCAGCAAUCUUCAAAUCCGUGCGCUAUGGCGCUGUCUCAGUAGAUAAGCAGGGCUGCUGUGGGGACGAGCAUGUCUACGAGUUCCACGGCGGUCCAGACAAAGCACUCUUACAAUACUGUUCGCAGCACUACAAUGUAUGGAGCCAAGAGCUACCAGGAAGUGCUCAUCUCUUUCGGGUCGGAGGCUUUGGCGAAAAUCUCGUGGCACACAAGGCCAACGAGCGCAACACCUGCAUUGGCGACAUUGUUCGCAUUGGCCGUGAUCUUAUCGCCGAAGUGAGUCUACCACGACAACCAUGUUUCAAGCUCAACCAUCGUUUUCAAGAAAAGAAUAUGUCACGGUUGACGCAAGAGCGUUUUCGCACGGGGUGGUACUACCGUAUUAUCCACGAAGGACCCAUCAAAGCCGGCGACGAAAUUCAGCUCCUCGAGCGCCCGAAUCCACAAUGGACAGUUGCGCGUGUGCAGCAUUUUCUCUAUAUCGAGAAAGAAAACUUCGAAGCCAUGACUCAACUGGCCCAACUUGUUGAACUUGGCAACGAGAGCCGGGACAUCUUCAAAAAUCGCCUGAACAAAAAGUUUGAAGAUCAAGAGCAACGUCUUCUCGGAAGCAGUAAGAUGGCGCUUGAUAUGUGGGCUGAAUAUCGCCUAGUAGAAAGACAGCGAGAGACUCCGACAGUAGUUUCUUUUACAUUCGAAGCCAUCAAUCCAAGAGAAUCGCCCGAAAACGCUGAACCAGGGACUCAUGUGCGCCUGAAGCUCGGGGGACGUCUAAUUCGUGCCUAUUCCGUGGUGUCAGGGGACCAAAAUCGCUUUACUCUGGGAGUCGCUCUCUAUCGCGAGACAAGUCGCGGUGGCUCGAUCUAUCUGCAUGAGAACCUCUGGGAAGGCGACGUGGUGGCAAUCAGCAAAUUCGCAGCAACAUUUCCACUCAAUAAAGAUGCCGAUCGACAUGUUCUGAUUGGGGGUGGUAUCGGUAUAACAGGCCUUAUUUGUUCUGCUCAAGCACUACAGCGAAAGGGCCAGUUGUUUCAUCUUCAUUAUGUUGUACGGUCGCAAGAAGAAACGGCUUUCAAGUCACAUAUCGAAUCUCUUGGCUCUAACGUGACAAUUUACUCAAAGAAAAACGGAGAGUCCUUUGACGCUGCCACAGUCCUACAAAGGGCCGAUAACAAUACGCAUAUCUACUGUUGUUCCGGAGAGAGACUUAUGACUGCUGUGCGUGAUACCGCCAGCGGACUCGGUCUUCCGCAACACAACCUACACUUCGAGUCGUUCCAAGCCAACAAUUCUGGAGACCCAUUUACUGCUGAGUUGGCAGAAUCAAGACAAAAGCUUGAAGUGCCAUCCGGUGGGAGUCUGCUAGAUACGUUGAGGCAAGCGGGCUUUGAUAUCCCAUCGACAUGCGAAGCAGGCAAUUGCGGCACCUGUCGGGUCGGUGUACGUGAUGGCCGAGUGGAGCAUCGUGGUACAGGUUUAUUGGAGAAUGAGAAACAAACUGCUAUGCUGAGUUGCGUCUCACGUGGGAUUGGAAAUAUUGUUCUGGAUUUAUAA